AUCUUUAUAGACCAGGACUGCCGCUGUUUUGACCCAAAUUUGGGGCCACGACCCUGACUUUGAAAAUAUCAAUCAUCAAUUUGCUCAGGAUGAAAGUGCAGGAAACAAUGGACAUUUUGGUUAUUAUUAUGAUAAUGAUUAUUGUUUUUAUUAUUAUUAUUAUUAUUAUUAUUAUUAUUAUUAUUAUUAUUAUUAUUAUUAUUAUUAUUAUCGUGGUUGCUGAACCACUGCUCCAAGAGGGCAAAGUUCCAGUUGUUAAAGGUCCAGAUGAGGUCCACAGACUGAGUCGACCCCCUCCAGACUGCGACAUUAUGUUAAAGAGCGUUGGGUUUAUUUUGAAAACGCGGCGCACACAUAGGCUACCUGCCACUGAAAGAGCGACAGCCCAGAAGAGCCGCGGGCACUACAAUGCUAAUGUUGUCGGGGGCUUUGACUUCUCCCAGCCAUUGCAUAGGCGCCUCUCGGUGUGACAGCAGUCGCGGCGCCCGCUCUCCCUCCGGUGUACCAGUAUUUUGCAGAAAAACGAGGAAAAAGAGCCGAGCCAAAAAAGAAAAAGAAAAGAAAAUAUAGGACGGGGAGAAAAAGUGCGUCACGUCUGCUCACCUUUAAGUCUGCGAGAUAAUGGACGAGACGGAUAUCAUGGACUUGACGCAUCAGAAGGCGAGGAAGAGACCGCGUCCAAUCAGUUCUGCAGAUGAGUCUGUGCACGCUUCGCUCAAACGGCUGCCGAUCCGAGCGGCGGAGAGCAGGGAGCCCGCACUCAUGUUCGCCGUGAGGGGAGAGCCUGUGCCCGCUGCCUCCCUGAAACAGAAUGAUCACUCGGUGAAUUCGUCUCCAACCACAGUGAUGCCUGCACAGGAUAAUCGCUCCAGCAUGUCCAGACCAAUGAUCACACGGUCACCGGUGUCUCCCUUGAGUAACCAGGGCAUCCCCACACCUGCACAGCUCACCAAGUCCAAUGCCCCUGUGCACAUUGAUGUAGGCGGACACAUGUACACCAGCAGUCUGGCCACUCUUACAAAAUUCCCAGAAUCCAGAAUUGGUCGCCUCUUCGAUGGUACAGAGCCUAUAGUCCUGGACAGCCUGAAGCAGCACUACUUCAUUGACAGGGACGGACACAUGUUCCGCUACAUCCUCAACUUCCUCAGGACGUCCAAGCUCCUCAUUCCAGACGACUUCAAAGAUUACAGUCUGCUCUACGAGGAGGCUCGGUACUUCCAGCUGCAGCCCAUGCUGGCAGAGCUGGAGCGCUGGCGCCAGGACCAGGAGCUGAGUCGGGUGUCACGCCCCUGCGAGUGUUUGGUGGUGCGCGUUGCACCCGACCUGGGUGAGAGAAUCACGCUCAGCGGGGACAAGGCUCUGAUCGAAGACGUGUUCCCAGAGAUCGGUGACGUCAUGUGCAACUCCGUCAACGCUGGCUGGAAUCAUGACUCCACACACGUCAUCCGCUUCCCACUCAAUGGGUACUGCCACCUCAACUCUGUCCAGGUUCUAGAGCGUCUCCAGCAACGUGGCUUUGAGAUUGCCGGCUCCUGUGGCGGAGGGGUGGACUCCUCCCAAUUCAGCGAGUACGUUCUGAGGAGGGAACUGAGGAGGACAGGUCAGCGAGGAGCCAAUUCACACAGGAUAAAACAAGAGCAGCUGGACUAGAAUCCUCCCAGACAGUAGGGGGUGCUAGACUUUUCUGUGGCAGCCAAAAGCUUCACGCUGCAGAGCUGUGUGGACUGAUUUCCUCCAUUUCCUGGUUGAUGUUGUUUGUUUUCUUAACCUUACAAACAUCUAGAGAGUAAAAAAAAAGAUGCAACAGGAGAUUUCUUUUUUUUUUUUUUUUGCCAUAAGAAGAGACAAGACAUUUAAGUUUAAAGUUGCAAGGACAUUUGUGAUUGUCUAGCCCCAUAAAACAAUUUAAAAGAAAGGAUUUAUAUAAGCUGUACUCCCCCAAAUAAAGUUUGUUUUAAAACUUUGAGCCUACAUUAGGUUAAAUAUGAUUUAUAAAAUAUCCCUAUAACUUAAACAUAAAGGAUUUUAUGGCUUGUAGUUUGAUGCUUAGUGACCAGUGGUUUUAUUUUUUGACAAAUUGGCAGUUUGGACAUGUGUGUUUCUCCCUAAUGUAAAAAAAAGGUUACUAAUUUGUUACAGGCUACAGUACAGAAUGUCUCAGUUGUCAUCAUCAAAUUCAGCAAAGCAUUGUUUUUCACAAUUAACAUGAUGUUUAAUAUUGUGAUAUAAAUGAAGUGUAUGUCUUUUUUUCUUUCACUUUAAUUGAAGAUAUUUUGCUGGAUUAUACCUUUAGUGUCAUCAAUAAUUAGCAUCGAACACAUCCAGGAAAUCCCUGAGUAAAUUAUUAUAUUUCACCAUCUUCCACAUCAGGGAGUGUGAACUGUUAACUCAAAUUAUUUUAUUGGAUCAUUAUAUUCCUUUCCGAGUGAUGAACUGUAAAUUUUAUCAUUGUAUAUGUGUUUGUGUUUUUUUACAUGGACUCUUUUUAAAGCAAUGUGUUGCCUCAGACAUGACUGAACUGAUUAAAAGCUUAUUGUACUACCCACAAAAGGUCACUUUUACUUGUAGCAAAUACUCGGAUGAAGUUGGAUCUAAAGUAUUUCGAGGAUGACUGAUCCAUUUACGCUCCCUAAAUUUGAGUACAGAGGAAUGUAGCAGCAAAUGUGAAAUAAAUCAAAUCUCAGUUGUCAUGGUGUCUGUUCACUGUUUUUAUGGCACUGAAGGACAGGCGUGUCCAAAGUCUG